AUGGAAUAUAAUAAUCCCAGCCAUAUGGUGGCACAAGAACCAAGGCCGGGGCUAGGAGAACGGCAAAGAUCGCUUUUACCGCAAAGGUCCGCGGUCUCAAAAGGCAAGUACACGCUUCACGACUUUCAAAUCCUUAGAACACUGGGAACUGGGUCUUUUGGGAGAGUGCAUCUGGUGCGCUCAGUGCAUAACGGGCGGUAUUACGCCAUUAAAGUGCUGAAGAAACAGCAGGUGAUAAGGAUGAAGCAGAUUGAACACACUAACGAUGAGCGCCGCAUGCUGAAGCUCGUAGAUCAUCCCUUUUUGAUCCGGAUGUGGGGCACCUUUCAGGAUUCGCGCAAUUUGUUCAUGGUUAUGGACUAUAUUGAAGGUGGUGAACUGUUUUCACUGCUGAGAAAGUCGCAGCGGUUUCCCAACCCUGUGGCUAAAUUCUACGCUGCAGAAGUUAUUCUAGCCUUGGAAUAUCUACAUGCGCACGACAUUAUAUACCGCGACCUGAAGCCUGAAAAUAUUCUGUUGGAUCGGAAUGGGCACAUCAAGAUCACAGACUUUGGCUUUGCUAAAGAAGUGGAUACUGUGACAUGGACCUUAUGCGGAACUCCGGAUUACAUUGCUCCAGAGGUCAUUGCCACCAAACCGUACAAUAAGUCCGUCGACUGGUGGUCCCUUGGAAUUUUAAUUUUUGAAAUGUUAGCGGGCUACACACCAUUUUACGAUACAACACCAAUGAAAACAUAUGAAAAGAUUCUACACGGGAAAGUUACGUAUCCUCCGUUCUUCCACCCUGAUGUAGUCGACCUAUUGGUGAAACUAAUCACAUCUGAUUUGACACGUAGAUUGGGUAAUUUACAGAGUGGUCCACAAGACGUUAAAUCCCAUCCUUGGUUCAGCGAAGUCAUAUGGGAGAAACUUUUGGCGAAAGAUAUCGAAACCCCUUACGAGCCACCAAUUACGGCUGGUGUAGGUGAUUCUUCUCUAUUUGAUCAGUAUCCUGAAGAACAUUUGGAUUACGGGAGCCAAGGUGAAGAUCCCUACGUGCAAUAUUUUGUUGAUUUUUAA